AAACAAAUGUACUUAGAUUUAGGCCAGAAAAAAAUCGGUCAUACAACUUGUGCUGUCUGUGGAAUGGUCUAUACUAUUGGCGAGCCGGAUGACGAAGAUGCACAUCGGUUAUUUCAUGAGCGAUUUAUAAGUGGUAUCCGAUUUGUAGGAUGGAAAAAUGAGCAUGUUGUUGCUCGAUACUUGGAUGGUAGGGUUAUUAUGGUCUUACCGACAGAUCAUCCUUCUCGUGUUAAGAAAGUCUUGGAGAUUAAAGCUUUAAUUGAUGAUCAAUUAGGGAUACCAAAUCAAGCGAAAGAAACACAACAUUGGGAUUGUAAAACACUACUCUUUAUUUCUAAUACUAAAACUGUAGCAGGCUGCUUAAUCGCUGAAGAAGCGGACAAAGCUCGACGCUUGUUACCAUCCAAAGUUAACAAGAAUAAUAAUAAUAGUCGUCGCAGACGUAUCAACAAAUAUUCUGCUGAUGCGGUAUGUUCCAAUUUACCGGAUUGGUGUUCUGAUGAGGAAUUUCCUGUCAUAUGUGGUGUUAGUCGUGUAUGGGUCGAUGCACGACAUCGUCGAAGUAAAAUUGCCACUAGAAUGAUGGAUUGUUUAUUAAAUAACUUUGUCUACGGCCAUGCUAUGGAGAAGUCAGAGAUUGCUUUCUCUGCUCCUACUGCCGAUGGUAACGCAUUUGCCAAUCAUUAUUUUCAAUCUACUUCUUAUUUGGUUUAUCAU